UAAGCCGGUCCCUGUCGAUUGCAGUCCCUCCUCCCUCGAGUCCUCAUCGGCUCCUACUAUUUCACCAAGGCCGAGUGCGUGGUUAUUAUUAUAUCUACGGCAGGGCAGCCUCCAUUUGACUCAAAUGUCGUUAUAGGCUGCCGCCGUAAUAUCCUUGGAAUAUUAGCCUCGGCUCGGGUUUGCUGCUCCCCGCUUCACCGCUCCAAACCAGCCCCAUCACCGAACUCUAACCAGCUACCCCGUACUCCCUAGUAUAGUAUGCCACGCGCCCCUAGACUUCUGUUGAUAUCCAGCAUGUUUGUCCAUGGCAGACAUCUAGAUACCCGGCCAUUUACUACGGCCAUGAAGCCGCAUGCACAAGACACUUGGGAGCUAGCUCACUAUUGCUCGUGAUGAUUGAAGCCCAAGCACCAAAAAGCUUACGGGAAGCCAUCAAUAUGUCGGCCCUUUCGGGUUUCCUUGUAUUCGGACAUCCUAUCGGAUCAGGAUGAGGCCCCUCGGCCUUUUCAACCUUGGCUAAAGCCACCUACAGCAAGAAGAACCAGGAGCUUGAUAGCUUCCUCGGAUCAUGGGGAUCCCCACCCUGUUACCCCGUCCAUAGCGCCCUCCCCUCAAGAAAGAAGGUGGCUCACUCUGAUGAGAUGUAGAGGAUUUUCCCAGGGAGUUUGUGGAGAUGGGCUCAAGAUUAAUUAUUAGCCGGCUCGGGUAAGUCAGAAUUAAUGGGCCUGUGAUGCUGCAGUGAUGCGUAGCUGUGGUUCUUUAUAACUGCCUGCAGCUGCAUCAUCUGUCAAGAGCCUCAAUCGGGUCGUCGAUUGACUCUGUUGAACACUUUCUUUCAAAUAUUUGAAAUAUCUCCCGGCUGAGCUAGGGGCAUUUGCUGCCUUUCUUUCUUUUCUCGCUUUUUUCCCUCUCCUGCGGUUCCUUCCGUAAACAUUAUUAGAGUAAAAUAGCCAUGGUGUCAGACAAAUGCUAUCCUCAAAAGGAGGUGGGGAAUAAUAAUUACACAGAGGCCGCUGUGGUGAUUAUUGGCGCUGGUAUUUCUGGUAUGUGCACGGCUAUUAGUUUGUUGAAUAAUAAUAUUCACAACUUCGUAAUCCUCGAAAAGAGCGGAGGACUUGGUGGGACAUGGCGCGAUAACAAAUAUCCAGGCUGUUGCUGUGACAUCAACUCUCAUCUUUACAGCUAUUCUUUUGAACAAAACCCGAGUUGGACAAGGCUGUACCCCGGCCAGGAGGAGAUUCUUAGGUACCUUCAUACUGUAGCCGAGAAGUACCAGCUGUUCCGUUUCAUUCGUUUCAAUUCCGCCGUCGAGGAAGCCAGAUGGGACGACAAAACCCGCAAAUGGCGGACCGCGAUAAAAGUAGCAGGCGAGUCGAAAGACGCGGAAUUUACAGACCAAUAUACGCUCACAUCAGAUUUCCUUGUUUCUGCCGUUGGCCAGCUCAAUUCGCCCGCCUAUCCGUCAAUUCCAGGAAUAGAAGGUUUCCAGGGAAAGAUCAUUCAUUCUGCUCGGUGGGAUUGGACCUAUGAUCUCAAGGGAAAGCGGGUUGGCAUUAUCGGGAAUGGGGCAACGGCUGCUCAGAUAAUCCCAGUAAUCGCUCCUGACGUCGCUCAGCUAACUGUAUUUCAAAGAACACCUAACUGGGUUGUACCGAGAUUAGAUACUGCGAUCCCCAAGCCUAUUAGGGCACUAUUUCAAUACUUCCCGCCUUCCCUUUGGAAAUUACGUAGCUGGAUGAUGGACCUGAGAGAGGAUUUCCACGGCGCCAUUGCGGACCAGGACUCGAAAUACGCGACGCAUGCCCGCACAGCCAGCCUGGAAUUGAUGAAGAAACAACUCCCCAACCGCCCGGAACUGUGGGAAAAGCUAGUCCCCGACUACCCAGUAGGUUGCAAGCGCGUCAUUAUCAGCGACGACUACUUCCCAACCUUCCUACGCGACAACGUCACUCUCGAAACAAGCCCCAUCACCCAAAUUACCAAGAAUGGCAUCAAAGUGGACGGCGCCGAGCACGAAUUCGACGUCAUUGUACUAGCAACGGGUUUCCGCACUGUUGAAUUCAUGCACCCGAUCCAGGUCUACGGGAUAAACGGCCGAGCGCUCUCGGAUAUAUGGUCCGAUGGCGCCUGCGCCCUGUACGGAAUUACCGUCGAAUCCCUCCCCAACUUCGGCAUGCUCUAUGGCCCCAACACGAACCUAGGCCACAACUCUAUAAUCCUUAUGAUCGAGGCGCAGACCAAGUACAUUCAGGCGAUGAUCAACGCGGUGCUCAAAGCACGCCAAGUAGGCGGAUCGCUCGCGAUCUUACCGGAUCCCAAGCGUGUUGAUACUUUUAACGACGAGCUACAGAGUACACUUGAGACGACAUCGUUUGCGCAUCCGAGCUGUCGAAGCUGGUAUAAGCGUGCGGACGGCAAGGUUACAAAUAACUGGUCGGGAACUGUGGUGCAGUAUCAGAAGAUUCUGUCUAGGGUUAAUUGGGCCGACUUCAUAUUGGAUGGGUAUGGUGCGCAGCAGCUGCGGGUGAGGCAGAAGAAGACAUAUGUGGGGCGUGUGAGGGAGGAAUCUCUCUUUACGUAUCGGACAUGGCUGGUGACCAUGAUCGGGCUGUUGGGAACCUGGGGUUUGUUGGCUAGGAGGGGUUCCUUGGUGUUGGUGAAACUGAGGGCUUUGAUUAGUUGAUUUCCAUUUCCAUUUCCUCAUGAUCUCACAUAUAUUUUUUGUUCCUUUUCCUUUCCUUCUUUUUUAGAGGGUGAUUAACAUAUUUUUAAUUUUUGUUAGUGUUAGAUAUAUCUUGAAACAAUAUACAUUUGUUUCUCAACUCAUUCUUUCAGAGGUUAGACUCGAUGGAUCUGACAGUAAGACUGUCUCAUUACCCUACAUGUCCUUAGACAAGUUGCCGCUAUUCCACGUUGCAAAGCUUGUAUUGUAUUGCACGUAGAAGUGAAUAUCUUUAUCCCAACCCAAUAUGUAGUCAGGUAGCCACAUAUAGCACACACCAGAUGCUUGAAUUCCACUCCAUUAGGCUGGACUAAAUAAGCCAUAUUAGGCAAUCUGCAUAAGGUCCCUUCAACCUCCUCGUCUUCAACUCUUUAAUAUUGCUGUCUUCGUUUUCUUCGUUUUCUUCCUUGUGAAACAGGCUUGCCUGGUAAUCCUGCUUGAUUGGGCGGGUAUUCACGUCAUUUCAACGAGAGAGAAACUGUCCUCAAACACGCGCAAAUGAGAAUAAAAGUUUCAUAACAUGCUCU